CAUCGAAUCUGCAUCAGGUGCCGAACUCUGCAGUCAAGAGUAAAGCUGGACUGGGAGCUGCAUCGGGUGCUAGAGUCGGCGAGAUCAACGCACCUAUGGAUCAUUCGCGAUCGACAAAAAAAUCGGCAGAGACGGCUGCAAGUGAAGCAAGCGUGGCCUCGUCUGGUGGUACUUUGGCAGCUUAUGGUGGUUUUGCGGGAGUAUCAAGUGUGGGUGCGCGUGCUGUUGUGCCACGGCGGAAUUUACAGGACAGCACAGCACCCUCUUCAAGAACUGAAAAGGACAGAACGGUUCCGCGUGGCGGCACCAACGCAGACACCAUGAGUGCGCAGUUGGGAAGCAGUGGCGCCUCUAACGGACAUGCGAACCCACCCGUGGCAUCAAGCGCAAUCGAGUCGGA